AUGACCAGUACCUUCGAUGGCCAGACUCUGGGGGUGGAUGUGACAAAGAUGUUCCCAGACCGGGUGAUGCGAAAAACAUUCCUAAUAUCCGGUCUCAAACGAGGCGAUCUUGCAGCAACAACUGCAGAUGCCCUCGCCCACGGCGGCGCAAAAACCAUUAUAUACACGGGCCGGUCACAGUCCGAACUACAGCCUACGAUCGAUCAUAUCAACCGGAAAUAUAAAACGGUCAAAAUGAUCUUUGUGACGGCCGAUCCCGGCAGCCUGGGUUCGUUCCGCGAGGCAGCGCAUGCGAUCAAGGAUUUGGGCAUCUCGAUUGAUGGCUUCAUUGGGUUUCCUGAUGUUAUGGCCGUACCAUGGGAGCUGACGGAGGAUGGACUCGAGUCUCAUUUCCAGAAGAACUACCUGUGUUAUUUUCUGCUGCUGACUCUGCUAUGUGACGUUAUGGGGCCCCGGUCGAGAGUUGUUUUAGUCACGUCGAGUUUGCGGAAUGAGGCGCCUGCGCCUUCGUGGGAUGAUUUGGAGUUUGAGAAUGGAGAAAAUUACCACAGUCUCGAUGGUUAUUCGCAGUCGAUGCUCGCGAUUAUCUUGUUUGUCAAAUCUUUUGCGAAGAAGUAUAGGGGAUCCAUCACUGCCUUUUCUGCCAAUCCCGGAAAUACCAAAACCAAUGUCCAGACAUACGUUGCAUUGGAUGAGAUCAAGUCCUGGCUGCAGCGGAAGAAAGAAGCGGGCGAAGACAUUCCGGUCCUUUUACAGCAAGUGCCGAAAUCACUCUCACAGGGUAGUGCCACGGUGUUGCGUGGACUGCUCGACCCGGAGCUCGAAGGUAAGAAAUUGUGA